UGUCUACAGAACUCAUAUAGAGCGCUCCAAAACACCAACUGUGACUCCAUGGGGACUUUAUGUUAGAGUUUACGAUACUUUUAAUAUUUCUUUCUGUUGAUUAGUUUUUUUUUACAUUCCAUUUAUUUCCAAAUUAAUCUGCACCACUAAAUAUAUGGACGUAAUUCUUUUAUGAGUUGACGUAUGCUAUCUUUCCCCUCGGUUCAUGUGCGCAGUACGCAGCUGAACUUGAACACACCUAAAUUGUUAUGACAGGUUUUCGAUUCAGCCAAUCAGAGAGCGUUUGACGCGAAUUCACAUCUCGCGAUAACUACCCCCUGUGACGCGCCUUGCGUUAACAGCUUGAAGUAAAUGUAGAAGUUAAUGUUAAUAUCUGGAAUAAGUUGAGGUUAGCAGAAGCUUGUAAUACGGUGGCGGUUCUUUCGCAGCCAUGAGACGAAGUAAGGCGGACGUUGAACGCUACAUUUCUUCAGUGGAAAGCCUCUCUCCUUCUCAAAACCAGAAACCAGCCAAAGGAUUUUUAUUUGCAAAAUUAUAUUUUGAAGCCAAGGAGUAUGAGCUUGCUAAAAGACACGUAUCAGCAUAUUUAACAGUUCAGGUCCGGGAUCCGAAAGCACAUCGAUUCCUCGGUCAACUUUAUGAACUGGAAGGUGAAAUUGAAAAAGCUGUUGGAUGUUACAAGCGCUCGGUGGAUCUGAACCCAGCCCAGCGUGACCUGGUUCUGAAGGUAGCUGAGCUGCUGUGUGGUAAGCCGGAGCUUGACAGCAGGGCAGAAUUCUGGGUGGAGAAGGCUGCCAAGCUUUUUCCGGGUCACCCUGCAGUCUUCGACCUAAGGGAGAAACUGCUGAAUGUGCAGGGGCAGCAAGGCUGGAACCAGCUUUAUGACCUGCUGCAGUCUGAGCUCCAGCUGCGCCCUUCCGAUGCCCACGUUAACCGCAGAUUGGUGCAGCUCUACUGCAUGGAUGGACAGUUGGAAGAAGCGGCUAAGCACUGCUUGGCUGUGGAAAACACUGGUGUCUUAAGACACAGCCUGGACUGGUACACCACUGUUGUCCAAACACUUCAGGAAUACGUGGCUCAACCAAGUGUAUCUUCUAAUGAGAAGACAUGGCGCAAAUUCCAAAAGGAGCUCUUGCUGGCUCACUGUAAUCUGCUGAGGCUCACACUUUCUGAAAAAGAUUGCAGAGAAGGCGUGAACGCACUUCAGACUUUUGACCAUGCUAUGCAGUCUUUAAAGAGCACUGCCUCAAAAGCCAUGGACGAGCUCCUGGAGGUGUUCACAGAAAUGAGAGCUCAUCUGUAUCUUUAUGCUGGGACGCUGCUGCUGAAGAUGCCCGUGGAAAAACAACAGCAGUGGAGAGCUGUUGUUGAUUCAGCAGCCCUCUGUUACCUUCUGGCUUAUCAGGUUCCAGGACCAAAGUCUGAGAAAGGUGAACGCGCAUCACCAAAACCUCUCAAGGCAUUAGCUUGUUACCGUCAAAGCCAAGCAGGCCACAUGCUGCUGAAUCUACAACAGGAUGUGAAGGAGGUGGUGGAGGUGUCUGGGAACAGAAUCGGGCAGGAGAAGCUGUUUGAGUUGCUUUUCAGUAAACAAGACCCUGUGGAUCUCUCGUUCAUCAGAAAUGACAACAUCUCCAUCAUCAGCACACAGUCACCGGACAUACACGAGCUUGCUAAGUGGGACAGUGGUUCCAUCUUACACUGUGGGGAUUUACAACACCUGACAUGGCUUGGAUUGCAGUGGUCAAUGAUUGGCCAGAGACCUGCACUGAAAGACUGGCUUAAGCAGCUCUUUCCUCGUCUCACUCUAGAGACAUCCAAACUGGACACCAAUACUCCAGAGUCAAUCUGUCUGCUUGACCUUGAGGUGUUUCUAUGUGGUGUGGUAUUCACAAGUCACACCCAGCUGCAAGAAACAGCAAAGAUUUCUGCUACUUCUCAGCUGCAUGAGCCAAGAUGUUUACCUUUGCAGCUCAUGAAACUCUUGUCCACAGAAAGGCAGAGAGAGUGGUGGGAUGCAGUCUACAACCUCAUUCAUAAAAAAGCAGUACCCAAUACAUCUGCUAAACUACGAAUGAUUGUCCAACAUGGCCUGAACACACUGCGAGCAAGAGUGAAACACGGUCUUCAGCCUGCGCUGCUCAUCCACUGGGCCAAACAUCUCAGUAUAAUGGGUGAUGGGGUGAACUCCUACUAUGAUCAGAAAGAAUAUGUUGGCCGUAGUGUGCAUUACUGGCAUGUUGUGCUCCCCUUGCUUGAGAAAAUUGAGAAGAGACGCAGCAUUCCAGAACCUCUCGAUCCAUUAUUCAGGCAUUUUGCUAGCAAGGACCUACAGGUUUCUGAAAUUAAAGGCUAUGAAGAGGAAGCUAUGAUAGCAUUCGCUACUAUUCUUGACAUUGAGGGCAAAACUGAUCAGGCUAUCUUAAAGCUUGAGCAGCUCAACUGCAUCUCUUCCUACUGGCAUCUUGCUCGGAUCUAUCAGAGACUCUCUGAGGAGGCAGGAAAUGGAGUUGAGGAAACUCAAGACAUGUGCUUGAACUUUCUCCAUCAGUUCAAGAAGUACUUAUCAAAGGUCUACCAUGCCAGUGCAGAUGACAUGGAAAAGCUUCCUGUGUCAAUGGAGGAAAUUAUGGACUUGCUCAAUGAUGUCAAUCAGCAGCUUGGAGAGAGUGGAGAGGCUGUAGAUGGAGUUCAUGAAGGACUUCGAAUGACUUCAACCCCGCAAUCCUUCACAGGACCAGCUAUGGCUGCUUCUCAUAAAUUCUUAAUGUCGUCUCCAGCCAAAAGUGUACUCUCUCCCUCCAAGAGAUCAGUGUUUUCUCCCAAAACACCCCCUCACUGGGUGGAGGAUCAGAAGUCAAUUUUGCAGAUGCUCUGUCAAAAAGUCGAGGCCUUGAAGAAUGAGGUUCAAGAUCUGAGGUACAAUUCAUCUGGGUCAACUGAGUCCCCAUUUCAAAGAGUAUAUGGAAGGAAUUAUGCAGCAGACGCAUUUCAGGAACCCUUUUCAGCGACGCAAUCGCUCCAUGGAGUGCCACUUACUGUUGCCACUACAGGUCCUUCAGUAUACUACAGCCAAUCCCCUGCAUAUAAUUCACAGCACCUUCUUCGCACUGCUGCUAAUGUAACACCAUCCCAGGCACCCGUCUAUGGAAUGAAUCGUCUCCCUCAGCCGCAUAUGUAUACAUCCCCUCUUCAAACGGGAGUAUCCAGGUACCCUCAAGAUCAGGUUUUUGGUACCCCUUUCAGGUUUGAGUCACCAGCUACAAACGUGCUGUCCCCGUACAGUGAAGAAUAUUACAGUCACAAUGUUUCUCAACCAUCUACCAAUCCAACAUUGCCAGAGCCUGGGUACUUCACUAAGCCAUCUGUAAUACCUGCCCAGUCCUCUAAGAGCAGUGAAGGCAAGUCAGUGGACUUAAAGAUGAGCGUUGGCCAGCAAAAUCCAGUUGAAACCUCUAAGACUGGGGCCAGAUCUGCCUCCCAAAUGACUCCAACAGCAGCUGCUUUCAAGUUCAAUUCAAAUUUCAAAUCUAAUGACGGUGACUUUACUUUCUCAUCUGCAGAGGUGAAAAAUAACAGUGAAAGCCUCUUGGGGCUUCUGACUUCAGAUAAUCCUUCCAGAACCGAGGGCCAUUCAGCCUUAACGUCUCAGUCGCAAGACCCUACACCCAGCCAUAGUGGGGUCUUUACUUUUGCUAAUAAAAAUGCUUUUUCAUUUGUUGAUGGGACACAGGGUAAAACAACUCUUUUUGGAAAAUCUGGAAAAGCAUAUGACUCUGCAAAUGUGACCAAGCCAGUGACUCGGGAGGAAAGUGAUGAGAAAUGUGUCGAAAGUGAUGACAGCACCCAUGUUGAAGAGGAUGAGGAUGGUCCGCAUUUUGAGCCCAUUGUACCUCUGCCCAAUAAGAUUGAUGUAAAAACUGGGGAGGAGGAAGAAGAAGAAAUGUUCUGCAACCGAGCAAAAUUGUUCCGUUUUGAGACAGAAGCGAAAGAAUGGAAAGAAAGAGGUAUUGGAUCUAUUAAAAUCCUAAAGCACAAAACAUCAGGUAAAUAUCGAUUGUUGAUGAGGAGAGAACAAGUUUUAAAAAUAUGUGCAAAUCACUACAUCACUGCAGACAUGGUUCUGAAACCAAAUGCUGGGUCUGAUAAAUCAUGGGUAUGGUAUGCUAUAGACUAUGCCGAUGAAAUGCCAAAGACAGAACAGCUGGCUAUUCGUUUUAAGACUGCAGAUGAAGCAGCUUUAUUCAAACAAAAAUUUGAGGAAGCUCAGAGAGCUAUUCGUAAACAUCCAGAAAUUCAAGAUGAACUGAAGGAAACUGAUUCCAAGCCUUCAAAACCUGAAACUAAACCAGCUGAUGGAUUUAAAAGUACUCUGGCUCCCUCAACAGGAGCCUUUACUUUUGGACUUCGUGGAAGUUCUAAGGAUGCCAGUGAUGCCAGCUUCAAGGAAUUUGGAACCCAAAUCCCUUUUUCCUUUAAAUUUGGAACACAGACAACUGUUACUCCAUCCAGUAAGGGUGAUUCAAAGUCUGGUCAAUGGGAAGCUCCAGCAGAUCGUUCUAUACCUGAGCAAAGGUCAAAUUCCUCUGUCCAAAAAAUCAGUAGCUCAAGUGUUCCAACUUUUUCAUUUGAGUCUGGAUUUGGCUCUCAGUUUGUUAAAAAACCAGGACAGUGGGAUUGUCCCUCGUGUGCAGUGAGGAACGAGGCUUCUGCAACCAAUUGUAUUGCAUGUCAAACCUCAAAUUCUUCAUCCAAAACCACUUCUGCACCAGAAACUACAAAACAGUCUAUGAGUUUGCAAAAUCCAAAUCAAUUGAAGGAAAAUGAUUCCAAGCUUUCUACCUUUGUGGAUUCUAGCAAAAAUAUUGAUCUGAAAACACUUUUUGCUAAGAAGGAUGGUGAAUGGGAUUGUAAUAUCUGUAGUGUAAGAAAUAAAUCCUCAUCUAAAGAAUGUGUUGCUUGUAGCAGCCCCAAUCCUUGUGGUGAUUCCAAACCUGAAUCUAAACUAGCUGAGGGAAUUAAAAGUGUUCCUGCUCCUACUUCCUCAACAGGAACAUUUACUUUUGGACUUGGUGAAAGUUCUAAGGAUGCCAGUAAUGAUGCCAGCUUCAAGGCAUUUGAAUACCAAAUUCCCUUUUCAUUUAAAUUUGGAACACAGCCAUCCAGUCAGGGUGAUGCAAAAUUGCAGCAAAAUUCAAAUUCCUCUAUGCAAAAAGUCAGCAGCUCUUCAAGUGUUCCAUCAAGUUUAUCACGUGGGUCUGGAUUUGGCUCUCAGUUUUUUAAAGAACCAGGACAAUGGGAUUGUUCCACAUGUGCAGUGAGGAAUGAGCCUUCUGCAAGCACUUGUAUUGCAUGUCAAGCUAAACCCACUGCUGCUCCAAAAUCCACCAAACAGUCUGCAAGCUCUAUUAGCUCUGGAUUUGAUAAGUUUGUCAAAAAAGAUGGUCAAUGGGAUUGUGAUACCUGCCUGGUCAGGAAUGAGGCAGCUGAAACAAAAUGUGUUUCUUGUAAUACUCCAUGUAGCAGCAGAAAAAAUGAAGCACAAUGGGAUUGUGAUGAGUGUCUAGUUAGGAAUGAAGGCACAUCUAGUCAUUGUGUGUCUUGCCAGAAACCUAAAGCUGGUACUUUUCCAUUUGGUCAGGGUAGGAAAGAAACCACACCAACAACUCAAGUUGAAACGUCUUCAAGCAGUUCAAAAUUCUCUUUGUCAGUGCCAGGGUUAACCAGAUUUGGUCUUAAGGGCUCUGAAUCAAAGCCAGCCAACAGUGGAUCUGCCUCAAUGUGUCUGAAAAACAUUGCUGAACAACACAGAGAAAAAGAGGUAUCCGCCUCAUCUGUCCAGUCAGUGAGUAAUCCUAGUAAUGAUGACUGUCCGCUGAUUUCAGGAAAGCAGAAUGCAUCCAGUUUUGCAGACUUGGCACAGUCUUCACAAGGUAACUUUCAGUUUGGCCAGAAGGAUCCCAGUUUUAAAGGAUUUCCAGGGACUGGUGAGCAACUUUUUACCUCAUUUCUGCAAAGCCAAAAGCCAGACACCUCUGUUGAUCAAGAAGAGGAAGACCUGUAUAAAACUGAAGAAAAUGAUGAUAUUCAGUUUGACCCUGUGGUUAAGAUGCCUGAGAAAGUUGACCUUGUUACAGGGGAAGAGGAUGAGGAAUGUCUGUACACAAUACGUGCUAAGCUUUUCAGGUUUGAUAAUGAAACUCAUCAGUGGAAAGAACGGGGGGUUGGAAACCUAAAAUUUCUUAAAAAUAAUCAAAAUGGGAGGCUUAGAGUUCUAAUGAGACGAGAGCAAGUGCUGAAGGUGUGUGCUAAUCAUUGGAUCACUACUACAAUGAACUUAAAGCCCCUUUCUGGCUCAGAUCGUGCCUGGGUAUGGUUAGCAAAUGACACUUCAGAUGGUGAUCCCAAAUUAGAACAGUUGGCUGCCAAGUUUAAAACUCCAGAACUUGCAGUAGAAUUUAAGCAAAAGUUUGAGGAGUGUCAACGACUCCUUUUGGAUAUUCCUCUACAGACCCCUCAUAAACUGGCUAAUUCAGACCGAACAGCAAAUCUCAUACAGAAAGCUGAGGAAAUGAAAUCUGGUCUUAAGGACCUCAAAUCAUUCUUGACUUACGACGGAAUGAAAGGCAAGCAUGAGGUAAGCGAUGUUACAAGAGCAAAUGAUAUCUCAGCACUCUUUAGCAAACCCCACAGUGAGGGCACUGGACCCACUUUGGAAUGGGGUAAUUAUGAUUUACAAGAAGAUAUUCAUGAUGAAAGUGCUGAUACAUCUGUAUAUGCUUCUCCACUAGCUAGCAGUCCAUUGCAAAAAAAUUUGUUUCGUUUUGGAGAACCAUCUACUAAAUUUAGUUUCAACUUCCAGCCUAUUCUUAGUCCCUCAAAAUCCCCAGCUAAGCUGAAUCAGAGUGGGACAUCUGUCGGAACAGAUGAUGAACAAGAAAUAAAUCAAGAAGAGGAAAGAGAUGGCCAGUACUUUGAACCAGUCGUGCCAAUGCCUGAUGUGGUUGAGCUUUUAAAUGGAGAAGAGAAUGAGCAGAUAGUGUUCAGCCACAGAGCAAAGUUGUAUCGCUAUGAUAAAGACCUCAGCCAGUGGAAAGAAAGAGGUAUAGGAGACAUCAAAAUUUUACAAAACUAUGAUACAAGGCGUACAAGGCUUGUGAUGAGACGUGACCAGGUUCUUAAAUUAUGUGCAAACCACUGGAUAACCUCAGAUAUGAAACUUGAGCCGAUGAAAGGAUCAGAAAAGGCAUGGAUCUGGAGUGCGUUCGAUUUUGCUGAAGGAGAAGGAAAGGUUGAACAGUUGGCUGUGCGCUUUAAAUUGCUGGAGACUGCAAAUUCUUUCAAAGAAUUUUUUGAGAAAGCCAAGGAUGCCCAGGAAAAGGAAACGCUUCUUGUGUCUGCUUCCCCUAGAGAAGUCUUGACCUCCCCCAAAUCCCUGUGUGGUAAAGCUGCUAUUGCGGUGCUUGAGGAGACGACUAAAGAAAAGACUGAACAGCCUUCUGAAAGCACUCAUGCGCCUGCAGUGACUCUCAGUCCGCACAACACCUCUAAAACAGUGGUCUCUCCCCCCAAGUUUGUCUUUGGAACAGACUCUGUGCAGAAAAUUUUUGGAAGUCCAGUAUCCUCUAAACAGAUGGUUUCUAGUCCACCUGCAAGUCCUGAAGAUCAGGCAUCAGGCAGUGCUUCAAGCUCCAAAACUGCUGAAAGCAAGACGAUAUCUCCAUUCAAAGUGCCAGAAAAAGUUUCUUCUAAGACUCAGGAUGACGUAAGGACUGCUGGCGACAGUUAUGACUCUGAUAUUGAAGUUUUGUUUGAACAAAAGCCAACUAAGGAGCAGGCAGAACUCUCCCGAAAGCUGAUGCUGCCGUCAACGUUUUUUAUCUACAAAAAUAAGCCUGGAUAUGUGAGUGAUGGUAGUGAUGAUGAAGAUUAUGAGACUGCUGUGAGAAAUCUGAAGGGAAAACUAUAUCCUGAUUGUGCCACACCUGGCUCUGCUCAAGCCAGUAGAGAUGCAGUGGAACCUGAGUGUGUGCUUGUCUGGGAGAAGAAACCAACAUUGGAGGAGGAGAGAAAGGCCAAGAGCCUUCAGCUGCCUCUCACCUUCUUCUGUGGUACUAGUAGUGAUGCAGACACUGAGCCUGACAGGCCAGAAGACUUUGGAACAGAGCUACAAAAGGUCCAGCAAGCUCAGAGUGAAAUAAACAGGCAAGAGAAAACCAUUGAGAGCUCCUCCGACCAGCCUGCUACAGCUGAUAAUGGCAGUCCUAUUGACCUCUCUACAAAGACCCACGAAGCUGAAACAUCAACUGACUCAAAUACCACUCAAGGUCUUCCUGCUUUCACAUUUGAUUCUCCAAGUUCAUUUACAUUUGCAGAAUUGGCAAAGAAAUCUGGGGAAUUUGCCUUUAAAAAAAAAGACUCAGACUUCUCCUGGGAAAAUGCUGGGAGAGCAGUCUUUAGCACCACUGCAACAGCUUCGCGAAAUGAGGAUGAAGACGAGGCGGCCAGCGAUGAAGAUGUUGCUAACAAUGACAUUCACUUUGAGCCCAUUGUUUCCUUACCUGAGGUUGAGGUGAAGUCUGGUGAAGAAGAUGAGGAGAUUCUUUUCAAGCAGAGGGCAAAACUGUUCAGAUGGGAUCGUGAUUUAAACCAGUGGAAAGAGCGUGGAGUUGGUGAUCUGAAGAUCCUCUUCCACCCACUGAAAAAGGUCUAUCGUGUCCUGAUGAGGCGUGACCAGAUCUUAAAGGUGUGUGCUAACCACACCAUUACCAAGGAGAUGGAGCUGAAACCCAUGAACAACGCUACUAACGCACUCGUGUGGAUGGCUAACGACUAUGCAGAGGGUGACGUCAAGGUGGAGCAGCUUGCUGCCAAAUUCAAGACCCCUGAACUCGCGGAGUCCUUCAGGAAAACCUUUACAGAUUGUCAGAGGUGCAUGUCUCAGGUGGACUUGGCCCAAUCUUCUAAAGUCAUGGAACUUUCUAGGCAAAGUAAUCCAGAGGUAUUUCUCACUGUAGCUGCUGACGGUGAGCUGAUCGGCAAGAUCACAAUAGAGCUAUUUUUCAACAUCGUCCCUAAAACUGCAGAAAACUUCAGAGCGUUGUGCACUGGAGAGAAAGGGUUUGGCUACCGGAAUUCCAUCUUUCACAGGAUCAUCCCUGAUUUCAUGUGUCAGGGUGGUGAUAUAAGCAAACAGGAUGGCUCUGGUGGAAGGAGUAUCUACGGGGAGAAGUUUGAGGACGAGAACUUUGACGUGCGCCACACAGGACCAGGUAUAUUGUCCAUGGCCAACCGUGGCAGACACACAAACAACUCUCAGUUUUUAAUCACGUUAAAGAAAACUGAGCAUUUGGACUUCAAACAUGUUGCUUUCGGCGUCGUCAAAGAUGGCAUGGAUGUGGUGAAGCGAAUGGGAGAGCUGGGCUCUAAGAAAGGCGUACCAAGCAAAAAGAUAACAGUUGUAGACUGUGGACAACUAUAGUUCUUUUCUUCAUACAAGAAGUCCACUUGUGAAGGUUUUUAAUGUUCUGCUUGUUUUUGUUUGUUUAUUUUUGUCUUGAGUUUCUCCUUAUUUGAAAUGUGACUGAGGGACAACCAAAGGUCUAAGCCUAAUUUUGUGGCGUGAUUUUGUUUAUUUUCAAGGAAAUAUUAUGGCACUGAUGACCGAUGUAAGAAUGGGGGUCAGUCAGUGAUCUACAGAGAGUGAUCAUUAUACUGAUGUGCUUCCUGAUGUGACAUCAUGACAAAUAGACAUUUGUUUAAAAAAGCUGUUACGGAGGUGAAGCCAAAGAAUUAGACUAAUAAAAGCCUAACUUCCUGCUAUUUUUUUUCAAGCCAACUGCAGGUGGUUCAUUAGGCUGUGUGCUAAAAUCUGUGUUGCAGGUUUGAUUCAGUUACACAGCUGGAUUAAACAGCAACAAAUUUGGAUAAUCUUAAACAUUCAAUUUUGUGUCUUUUUACUCUAUAGAUUUUUGGAAAUUGGGCUUUUUACAGCAUUGUAAAUUCUACAUUUUCUGCUUUUUUGGCACUAUUAAAGGUUGAACACUGA